AUGGCUACUCUUAGAGGAAGGGGCUGGGCUGUGACAUUGUCUUCCUUCAUGCACAGUUUUCUGGUGGACGGAAUUUGCUUUUCGUUUGGAACGUUCCUGAAUCACUUCCUCGAGUAUUUCGGAGGCAGCAUUUGGAAGACUCAGCUGCUCAGUUCCAUCAUAAGUGGUACCUAUCUGUGUAUGGGCUUGGUGUCCGGAGCUCUGAUAAACAGGUUUGGCUAUAGACGGUUAGUAAUUACAGGAUCGGUUAUAGCCAGUGUUGGACUUUUCCUGUCCACGUUCUCACCAAACCUCGACGUUAUGAUCCUGUUGUACGGUGUCGUAAGCGGCAUUGGAUUCGGACUGGUAUACACGCCCUCUGUCGUCAUUGUUGGACAUUAUUUCAGUAAACGUCGAGCCUUAGCUACUGGGAUUGCCGUAUGUGGGUCUGGAAUAGGAGGAAUUGUGUUCGCGCCUUUAUCAGUCCUUCUACUGAAAACCUACGACUGGAAAGGCGCGUUAUGGAUAUUAUCAGCAGUUACGUUAAAUGGCGUCAUCUUUGCUGCUUCCUACGGCCCUCUUCCGUCGCGAAAAUGCUCGAAAUUAGACUCACCUACCGCCAUGAAAAUAAAAGCCCGCAACAAGUCCCAAAGCAAACAAUUCGUUCGUGUUUUAAAACAAACUUUUAAGUGGUCACUCCUGACCAGUCCAACGUUUGCUCUGUAUAGCAUAUCUGGGGUUUUGGUGUGCAUAGGGUUUUAUAUUCCUUUUAACUUCCUGCCUGUUUAUGCCAGUGACCUCGAUAUAUCCGCAAGUGAAGGAGCGCUUCUUAUAUCUGUAAUGGGGAUUUUUAACACUGUAUCAAGGGUUUUGGUUGGUUUGUUGACUGAUCAAUCCUGGGCAGACUGCAUCAUCAUCAAUGGUACCAUGCUUUUCAUUGGAGGGAUAACCACGUGCUGUGUGCCGCUAUAUACCACGUAUUCCAUCUUGAUGGUGUAUUCCGCUCUAUUCGGCGCUACUGCAGGAACAUUCGUGGUGUUGAAGUCGAUCAUCCUGGUAGAAAUAAAGGGAGUUAAAUGGCUAUCUAAUACUCUUGGAUUUGUGAACUUCAUAUUAAGCAUAUGUGUCUUCAUAGGAUCACCAAUUGCAGGAGCAUUGUCAGAUCUAACAGAGAGCUAUGACGCAGCAUUUUACUUUGCCGGUGGAACGAUAGGACUAGCGGGGUUGAUGUGUUUUCCAAUGCGUUGUAUUGCAAGAUGGGAACAAAAUACAACCAAGACUGGAACAACUCCACAGUCUAAUGGCGACCAAGCCUGGAACAACUCCACUGUCUACUGGCGACCAAGACCAGAACAACUCCAUGGUCUACUGGCAACCAAGACCAGAACAACUCUGCUGUCUACUGGCGACCAAGACCAGAACAACUCCACAGUCUACUGGCGACCAAGACCAGAACUCCACGGUCUACUGACGACCAAGACCAGAACAACUCCACGGUCUACUGGCGACCAAGACCAGAACAACUCCAUGGUCUACAAUGAGCAGAACAGAGUGGAAGUUUGUGUAAAGAAGAGAAAUCAUUAA